UGACCAGAGGCAGGAUUUUAGAGCUAUCCACUUCAUUAAAAGAGCCUUCGCAGUCUUGAAAUUGGAGGCCAAAGCUAGCUCGUCCAUUACCCUUUUAAAUUCUCCUCCUCUUAAAUCUUACACCAAUAAAUAGACAUGGAGGAGAUUCGCCGCGCUGCUGAAGCUUAUUAUGAGAAUCUGUCCGAUGAGAAGAAGCGAAAUGCCAGAUUUUCUUUCAAUGAAAUGGACAAAAACGGAGACGGGAAAAUUAACCUAGAUGAAUACGUGGAGUAUCUCAAGAAAGAUAACAACACGGUUCUUAGUCAUCCAAGCUUGUUUACAGCGCUGGACAAGGACGGCAAUGGAAGCUUGGAUUUUAAGGAAACAAUCGUCUUGUACUACAUCAUGCAGAGUGGAAGAGCUCUAUUUUGCCAGUCUUGUAAUACGUUCUUGGCAGACGUAUACUUCAGUUGCUCUCAAUGUUUCUUCAAUGAUGAUUCAGAUAGCACCUAUGAAAUUUGCUGUGAUUGUUAUGGUGGUAAAAAGUUCAGACACAACGAUGGGCACAUCUUCUGCGAUAACUAUACUUUACUAAGUCAAAGCAGGAGCUUGGCACUAAAAGCUCCCGUACAGAAUCGAAGAAAUGUGCUUGAAAAAAUUGGAAAGAUAGUGAUUACAAGUGUGGCUGAUGGUUUUGGCUGUAGCAUUAUGUGAAA